AUGAUUGCAUCGAAAAUGUUGUCGAGAUUGAGCAGGAGUGUUGUUCAAGCAGCCAGAUCGAUGUAUAUUCAAGUUCAAGAGACACCGAAUCCGCUGUCGUUAAAGUUUCUCCCAGGCCAACAACUUCUCCCGGAUGCAUCGAAAACAUACGACUUCAAUUCAGCAGCCGCCGCAAAACAGAGUCCUUUGGCAGUUAAACUGCUUCGUGUCGAUGGAGUGAAACGCGUCUUCUUUGGGGAAGAUUUCGUAACAGUCACAAAAGCAGAUGAACACGUGGAUUGGGCUCUUCUUCGUCCGGAAAUCUUCUCAACGAUAGCCGAUCAUUUACAGACUGGAAAACCAGUUAUUAAUGAAGUGGCGGCAACUGAUGGGGAGGCGGAAGUGGAGGAUAAUGAAGUCGUGAUGAUGAUCAAGGAGAUUCUGGAGACACGCAUUCGACCGAUGGUUCAAGAAGACGGAGGUGACAUCACCUAUGUUGGAUUUGACGAUGGUGUUGUCAAACUGAAGAUGCAAGGAUCGUGUACAGGAUGCCCGAGUUCUGGUGUAACACUCAAAAAUGGAAUUGAGAAUAUGUUGACUUUCUACGUGCCAGAAGUAAAAGAAGUGAUUGAAGUGAAGGAUGAAUCAGAUGAUUUGGUGGAGAGAGAGUUGAAGAAGUUCGAGCAAUCGAGAGGAAUCAAAGAAUGA